AUGUAUAUCCAGCUGAAUCGAAAUAAAAAAAAGAAAAAACAGUUUGACGAUGAGAAAUUGAAUGAAGAGGAAACUGCAAAAAUAUAUGCAGAAUAUGUUCGUACGUUUGAAGGGGGCAAUGAUUUAGAUAAUCGUCAUAAAUUUGUUAAGGGAAAAGGUCUUAAUCCUAGCUCAAAAUUUGAAACCUUAUUUGAAGAAGAAAAAUUCCAAGAUGAAACUUGUAGAAAUAAUCAACAAAAGAUCGAUAAAAAAAUUCAAGAAAAUAAAAAUACUGAAGAAAUAAUUGAAAAUAAAAAUAACACAGUAGGAAAAGUAAAAGAAAUUGAUAGCUUUUUAGAAGAAAUAAAAUUGAAACAGAAAAUUUUGGAUGAACGGAAAAUCUUGAAGGAAAAAUCUCAGCUAGCCAAAUCGGAAGAAGAAAAAAAAAAAAUAAAUAAAAAAAUAACAGAGAUAGAACAAAAUGAAAAUUUGUCAUCUUAUAUUCAAAGAAAAGAGAAAAUAGCAAAUUUAUAUUUAGGAAAUCUAUCACCCGAAGUUACUGAAGAAUAUCUUUGUCAAAAAUUCGGAAAAUUUGGAAAAGUGAACAGCGUAAAAAUAAUGUAUCCUCGUAAAGAUGAAGAUAAAAAGAAAGCUAGGAUAAGUGGUUUUAUUUGUUUUGAAAAUAUUGAAGAUGCAGAGAAUGCAAAAGAUUCUUUAGAUGGUGUUGAAAUGUGUGGUAAUAUUAUUCGUAUUGGUUGGAGUAAGGCAAUACCCAAAUAUGGAUAUAAUAUAAAAAAUGAGAUAUGUAAUUAUAAUAUAGAUAGAUAUAAUACAUAUAAUAAUAUGAAUGUAAAUAAAAAAAUUAUUAUAAUAAUACCAGAUGAUAAAAAAACAAAACGGAUAAUAGAUUUAUUAGCUAAAUAUGUAACUGAAGAAGGUUAUAGUUUUGAAGAGACAAUAAAAGAAAAAGAAAAAGAUAACCCAAACUUUCAUUUUCUUUUUGAAUCUUCAGAUUUAUUUUAUUAUUAUAAAUGGAGAGUAUUUUCAUUUGCUCAAGGUGAUAGUUAUAAAAACUGGAGAACAGAUCCGUUCCAUAUGUUUUCCAAUGGUUAUUUGUAUGUACCUCCAUCGAUAGAAAAAAAAAACAAGGCUCUUCUCAUAAAACGAAAAAGAGGGAGAAAUAAAAGAGGUCAUAUAGACCAGAAGAAAAAGAAUAAACUUAUAAAUAUUUUAAGUACAUUGAAUAAGAAGAGGGUAAGUAUAUGUCGUGCUAUGAUAUUUUGCACUAGACAUAGUGAUUAUAGUUUGGAUAUAAUAAAAAUUAUAUCAUCCUUCUUGACAGAUAUGAAAUAUGAUUUAUUAAGAAAGAUCAAUCUGAUAUAUUUAUUAUCAGACAUUCUUUAUAAUUGCAGUAACGAAUUUUUUUCCUCAUGGUCAUACAGAAAACAUAUAGAGGAUGAAUUGCCUAAGAUAUUUUAUUUUUUAAGAAAACAUAUUAAAAAAGUUGAUAGUAAAAUAAAGGGAAAGAUGUUUACAGAUAGCUUAAUAAAUAUAUUCAAUAUGUGGAAUACGUGGGCUAUAUACAAUUCGGUGUAUAUGAAUGGCUUACUGUGUUUAUUAUUUAAUAUGAAGAUAAAUUAUAUAAAUGAUAAUAAAAGUGAUGAAGAAAAAGGUGAUGAGAAUAUAGAUGGUCAUAAAAUUCAAUAUUAUGAUGAUAUAAAAAGAUAUCCUUUAUCUUUAAGAAGAAAUGCUUAUAUGUAUUUUCAAAAGGAUGAAAAUGAAAUAAAUAAAUUAUGCCUACAAAGAGGCUUAUAUUAUGAUGAACAUUUUACUAAGAAAAAAAAAAUAAAAUUCUUAUUAUUAUAUGAUAACUUCUGUUUAAAGAAUAACUUAUCUAAUACAAAUAAUAAUCAACAUUUUAUAAAUAAUUAUUUUUUCUCAAGGUGA